CUUUUUCAAAAAGCCGCCGCCCCCACCCCCGGGCUUCUUCCCAGCUCCACUACAAAAAAAGGCGAAGCUCUCUGUCCGCGACCGAGACUCGUGAAGCAGCAGCUCUUACACUUGCAGGGAUGCAGCCACGAAGAAUCAGAGCUUGCAGACGUCUUACCGGAUCAAGGCCGAGUGUGGCAGCAACCAAGAUGAGUUUGAAGCUUCUCGUCGACAAGAGAAACCAGACUGUGCUCUUUGCUGAAGCCGGGAAGGACUUUGUGGAUUUCCUUUUCCAUUGUCUGGCUUUGCCAGUGGGAACUAUUAUGAGUCUUCUCGCUAAAACCGGUGUGGCGGGUGGCUUUGGCAAUCUUUAUGCGAGUGUCGAGAAUCUUAGCGACCCAUACAUUAAACCUAGAGAGAAAGAAGCUCUGUUGAAUCCCAAAGCUCCCAAAGCUCUGAGCUCCGGUUCAGACGUUCUGCACUUACUGUUGCCCAAAGCUCUGCCUUCAGCGCCAAUCAACUACUACACCUGUUCUUUUUCUUGCAGGAGUAGUUUCAGUCCAGACGGUUCAUGCCAUAGCUGGGUGACGGAUUCCCUUCUACGAAAUGUCCUGGUUGCAACAAUGCAAUGAGCAACAAAGUCUCAUGGGUUGCGGGACCAGCUGCAGAUGCGUCAUCCUCAGCGGAGGUACCCGGUGGGGAAAGUGGUUAUGUGAGUGGCUUUACAUACAUGGUGAUGGACGAUCUGGUUGUGAAGCCCUUGUCCACCAUCUCUUCCAAUACUCUCCUCAGCAGGUUGAAUGUGCAGAAAAUCGGAGAUCUUGAAGAGAAGGUGGUCGAUUUCGGCUUGGAUGAGGCCCUAAAGCUGUUGAAUGCUUCUUUGCACUCAAAAACGGUUCUCACGGACAUAUUCAGCGAGAGGAAACAUCAGUGAAAAGCUACUCCUCAUCUUCAGAAACUAUGUUCUCUUAUGUAUUAGCUUGCUGGGGGAGUUUAUACCUGCGAGUGUGACUUUGUAAGAUGUUGAUGAAGCCAUUUAAUCCCCAUUGAGAAAUUAGUCUCUGUUAUGUAUUAGCUUACUCAGAAAUUAGUUUCUGAGUGACGAUUGGUAUGUGGUACAGUGGUGCGUAAGACGUAAGUUGUCUUUAAUGUACA